UUCUGCUCCGAGCUGUCGAACGCGGCGGACGCGUCUCCGCUUUGCUUCUCGCUUCUCUACGAGUACCAUUCUUCAUACUUGGAAGCAUAUUUACCCUCGCUUUCUCAUCGUCGUCGUCGUCCAACGACAGAGGAUUCCGGUCUCUUCUGGAGAUAUUCAGUCCGUUCGUGAACGUCCAACCUAGUUAUCGCUUCAGUUCGGCUCGAAUCGAACCCACUCUCCUCGUUUGGUUCGCGCGCUUGCUUUGGAUCUAUCAUAUCGUUGAGAGAGAACCGCAUCUCUGUUACGCUCUUCUAGCAUCCGCUCAUCGACUCGUGUGUUCUCUCCGAAAUCUUGACGAGAUGUCUCUCGGUUGUUAAGCCUGUUUACACUUGCUUCUAAUCUUCGUUCACGAGUUGAACGAUUUUUCUAAUAACCAUUUUUUAAAACGAAUCAUCAUUCUCAAGAGUCUGCCUCUGUCGAAUCAUUGUUGGAUCCUGUUUAUCCGGACGUUUUCGGAGGAUUCUUGAAGGAUCGUGCAUUAUCUGAAAUCGUUUUUCCGACGCGCGACGACAACAAAAGGGACUUGAAUUUAUUUCGCGUGGUCCUGAGAACGAGCGGCUAAUCCGAACGAUCGUCGUUGAAUGCUGUGUGACUCGAAGCCCGUACGAUCGUCCUCGAUGGAGGAUGCCGAUCGGUCGGCUUUCAGGAACAAAUGUAUCCGCGAACGGAAUGAAGGCAGUUGGAGUUGCGAAACGACUUAGAAACUUCGUUGAGAUAAGAGAUAGUCGAUUUAGAAGUCGAGUCUCCUGUUCGGAGGUCCGUGCUUUGCGGAAGGACAGAGUGUCGCGGAGGAAGGUGGUAGAAGAUCGUGCGGUUCGAAGGUAAAGAGACAGAAAGAAGAACGUAAAAUAAAACGAUAGGGGGAAAAGUACAUAGAAGGAAAUAUAUUUCGGACAGCGAGAGACCCUCUUUCUUUGCAUUUGGUUUUAUGGUCGUCGCGUUCUCUGGGGUAUGUACGGGGUACAAGGUGCGCAUGGUAACCGAAGGCAGACAGAAACCUCCCUUCCCACUUCCCUCCGCUCCACCCCUCCCUUCCUGCCGGCUUUGAAUCAAUAAUCUCCGGCCAGGAUUAUAUGCAGAGGCCCUUUUAUAUUUGUCGACGCGAUGAGGAAGAUAUCGGCGAAUUAAAGGCACCAGAUCGUUUGCCGACCGCGUCGCGGAUUCCUAAACAUUUCCAUCCCCGUGGACGAAAAACCAUGUUGAACGUUUCGGAUGCGUUUGAUUUAUUCCCUUCUCGUCGUUGCGUCUUCCUCCGUCCAUCGGUGCGCGGUGUCGUCGCGCGGAUUAUUGAUCCCUUCAUCUUUUUCUUCGUCCCUUUGCUUCUGCUUAUGAUAUUUUGAGGGAAAGGGGGCAACGAAGCGUGGAAGAAUAAGAUUGACGCACAUUAGAAAGGAAAAUCGCUUCGACGGAAUGUCAUAACGAUGGACCUCGUGCUCACAUUUAUUUUGCUCUAUCGAACACUCCAGAUGGAAUCGCCUUCGGCCCGGGACGGUUGCGUUGAGGCCAAGGAAGAUUCCACCUCGCCAAAAUCACCGGAAACAGCGGUGAUCGCACCGUCGACGGCACCGUUGGCGGCACCGUUGGGGACACCGUCGACAUCGAAAUCAUCAAUGAUCAAAUCUUCAGAGCUUGAUGGGGAUACCUCGGCCGCUUCGGAAGAAGAAGUACACGAUGAUAACCAGUUCGUCAACAGUCAAACGUUCGUCAGUGUAGAAUUGUGCGAAGUUUCGGUCUCUUCCCCCGAGGCCUCGGUCGACCCAUUAGCCGUCGAGGAUCAGGUGGACUUUCCGGAUAUGGGGCUCAAACUGGGGAAAGUCCAGGACCAGAACCAAGAGGAGAAGUCGAAUUCGACCGCGAAUGUGCAAACGACGACCGAAUUAAUAGAAACAAAAUCGAACGAGGACGAAGCGGAGGAUUCAUCAAACGUGACAUCGGUACAGUGUGAAGUUGAAAGACAGACAGAAGAUGAUAACAAAGUGAUCGUGGGUGAUGAGUUCGUCACCUCUUCGCCGAUAUGCUGCAGGAAGAGACCGGCCAGUGAUUUCUUGCCGAUCGGCGCCGAGAUCAAGAGAAUAGGCGUCGAAAUACCGGAGGACGAGACGAAUCAUGUUAGGAGCGACGUGAGGAGGAUUUCACCGGUGCUGGUGAGUCUUCGAGAGCGUACCCUGGGCGAGAUUUCUCUGUCCUCGGAUUCGUGUCUCUUCGAUACCGCGAAAGACGAGGUGAACAGCCGAUGCGUCUCGACGAACGAUAGGCGGUUCGACGAUUCAUUAGGGAGCAAUUGUAGAUUGACGAUGGAUGUGAAUCUCGAUGAUCAAACGAAUCACGAACGGGCCGAUUGUCCCGAGUUGGAAUACAAAACAGUAAACUGUUCUACUGCUCUGGCAAAGACGCCGGAGAGUGAAGUCAAUGCACAGCACGUCGACGCCGGUGUCGAGAAGGAGCUAACGUUGGUCGCGACCAAACUCGAUUACUCCGAUUCGUUUAUUGACGACGAUUCCUGUUGCUCUUUGCCGUGCGAAAGUCCCGAGAGGAAUCUCAGCAAGUGUUUAGAGCCGAAACAGUGUGAGAAACCGGUAGAACCGAGUAACGAUGACGCUUCUGCAUCUGUUCUCAACGAAUCCGAUGAACGGCCGAGUGAGUUGGACAAAAGUUCUCUUCCUCGGUUGACGAUCAAAUUGGAACGGAUCGAUGCGUCGUAUUGUUCGGGGUGUGAAGACAAAAAUCACUCGACCGCCGAUCUCAAAAUUAAACAGCAAUGGAAGAAAAACGCCGAAGCUGAUCCUGGUUCUGAAGACGUAAAGACUGACCUAAACAAUUCAUCGGAGGAAACGUGUCUUAUCCAGAGGUGCACUAAUAAAAAGAAAGAUCAAAUAAAGACUGCUUCCGAGGACCAUAUGGAGGAAACGUCUGUGUUAUCCAAAAAGGAAACGAACCACUUGCAGUCACCUUCUUUACCUAAUAAAAAUAUGAAGGAAUGCAAAGUUUUAUUACAUAGGAUAACAUUGCCGAACAUUUCCACACCGAUACCUACAUCAAUAUCAACGCCAACAUCAAUAUCAACAUUAACACCAGUAUCGACAUCAAUAUCGAUGCCGACAACGCCUACGGUGCAAAAAUUGCUGGAGAAAGAGGAAAUAGCGCCGAGAGCAAUCGAGAAAUUAGCGGAAGAUGAGGAAGUAGUUUUUCCUUCGCCUUUACGUACCACGGAGAAUUUACCGCCAUUGAACAACAUCGAUUCCUCGUCAACCAUCGAGAUGACGACACCCAGUUCGCCAGAGGUUCUGGAACCUAGAGCGGUUAAUACCGAAACCAUCGAUACUGAAACCGAAACCGAGACCGAAACUGGUUCUGAUAGCUCCGAAAUUUCGUCCAUGACGAAUGUUGACGUGCGACUUGUUGGAUGCGAAGAUGACGCCGUUCCAGACCAGAUAUGUCAAGAAACCGAGUCCAUAUGCUGCGUCGAUAUGAAUCCUGAAAUUAUAUCCAGGUUGGAGUCGGAGCGACCUGAACCGUUUACAGAAGACUCGGCGGAAAGCUUGGCGCUUGCUACAGGUGCUAGGGACGAAGUUAGGUCAGAUGGAAGCGAUUCAGGUCUGGGAAGCGAGAUACCUGGUGAUACUGGACCUGCACCGGUUCCAGAAAGUGAUUCCGAGACUUCUUUCUUGGAUAGGAUACCCGAUGAUAUACUUUCCGAUAAAGAAAAAGCGGUAAAUCAAAUAGACACUUUUGUGCCGAACGUGGGUGUACCCGGUACGCCGCAAGCGCCAUUGACGAACUUCCCGAGUCCUUCGAAGAGCAACCUGAAACGGAGAUUGACAGAUUGCAUGGAAGACGCGCCCAGUCCGAAGAGAAGCAACACAGAUGACUCAAUGAAAAAGAAGCGCAAUAUUCAUUUCGAUGCUGUUACCGUCUACUACUUUCCUAGAGCACAGGGUUUCACAUGUGUACCUUCUCAGGGCGGUAGUACACUAGGCAUGAGCGCAACGCAUACUCAUGCCGAACGGUUCUCGUUAUCGGAACACGCUGCCGAACAGAGGCGAAUUCAUCGUGCUAGACUAGCUCAAUUGCGCUCCGAGCGUGCUGCUAAUUGCGUAGCGGAAGCGGCCUCGAGCUCCGAGGAUCCAAGUGACGAUACUGAUGAAGAGCAGAGCGAUAACGAGGAACUGGACAUCGAUAGUUAUUACUUCCUGCAGCCAGUGCCUACGUGGCAGAGAAGGGCCUUGCUCAGAGCUGCCGGUGUUCGUAGAAUAGACGCGAUCGAGAAAGACGAUUGCCGUGACAUCAGAGCUAGCAGAGAACACUGCGGUUGCGGGUGUAAAGGAUACUGCGACCCGGAGAGUUGCCCUUGCAGCCGAGCCAAUGUAAAGUGUCAGGUUGAUCGAGCGGGUUUUCCUUGUGGGUGUACUCGGGACGGCUGCGCCAAUACUUCAGGGAGGAUCGAGUUCAAUCCAGUACGGGUGCGAACGCAUUUCAUUCAUACUCUGAUGCGGUUGGAGUUGGAGAAAAAACAGCGACACGAAGAAGAAGGCCAGGAUCAUGACGCUUCCGACAAUCAAAAUGGUAGAAGUCCGUUGAGAGAGAUCAAUUUGGGUUCCGUGAUGGAGAAUAGGGCGGGUACGGAGUCGUGUUUAAACGGCGGUGGUUUCACGACGUUACACUACGAGAAUCAUGACCACGCCAGGGACGGCGCUACGAAUUGUCAAUCGGAAGUCGCCGGUACGCGAGAGGAUAGUCUGGAUCUUUAUGCGAUCAGGGACGAUUGUUAUCCUAGCGAAGACACAGUCGACGGUACGCAGGGGCCUCAAAGGAAACUUCAUCCAGAAUUUAGUCAAGCUUUUCAAACGUUCACGGGCCAAACAGGCGCCGGAGUAAACUUUCAGCAGCCUACUUAUCAGGAUUAUCAGCCUUACGCUAACCUUCCUUCCACAUCUAGGGUGCAAUUUCAGCCGCAAUUCCAAACGGUGCCAGGAAAUUCAGGGUUCUCACACUACGCGCCUUACGGACAAGACAUCGGAUCGAUACAGGGGAAUUGCCAAGUCCACGCCGGACAACACGCGUCCAGUUACGAGGCUGCUAGCUUCGCACAGGACGAAGCAACUGGAUCACAAUACACGAAUUUGAAUUCGGUGCAACCGAUGAACACUGUGGUCCAACAGAUGGGUAAACUGGAACCGUUCUCGGAACUUUUAUCCGGCAGAUAUUCCUAUUACGGCGAAAUGGAGCCACAAUCGCAUGGUACUUAUCACUCGACUGGAACCAAGGUCGACAUGGACAAGAGUCAAGGUAACAUAACGGAACAACAAUCGGAGAGUACGGAAGAGUGCGACGAAAACUUCGGGGAGAUUAUUAAGAAAUCCAUGGUUGAGACUGUAUCCGCUUAAGUGGAAACUAGUAGAUACGAACAGUUAUCUAUGUGCGAGUCCGUCAAAACAAGGGUUUUUAUACCCGUAGUGAUUUAUAAUGAAAGGUCGAGCGAGAUUCGACUCGUCGAGGAAAAAUCAGAAAAAACAAAAAAAGGAUAAGAAUGGGGAUGUAUGUAUUCUGACUAGAAGGUGUUGGAACUUUUACCGGUUAUCCUUCUAUGUGCUAGAUAAAUUCGAGUAAAUUGUUCAUUUGUUUUUCGAACGGAGCAUUGAUUCAUGUUGAGAAUCACUUUUGGUUAACUACGACAAGUCCCGUGGAUGUCGUUAGAAAAAUUACGCGGCUGCGUGUGCGUCCGCCCGGGAUGGAAACUUGAGACAUUGUCCUUGUUCCUUUAUAAUAAAAUAUCGUCGAUUGUAUAAUCGAUCGGGUGGAUAAGACGAUGUUCUCAAUGUAAAACGCGAAAAAAAUCCGGGGCCGCCACGUCGGUGAAGGAUUUUCGGGGGAAGGUCUUCGUCAAAAAAUCUCUAUCAACAGUCUCUUUAAAACGGUAAAUCUUUCCGUGAUGAGGGAUACAGAUGUAAUUCAACGAGGUUGUGACCAAGAAACAACAUAUGGGAUCAGCUUAGAUUGCAAUUUAAUAGGUAUGAUAACUUAAAUAUUUUAAUCGUAGGUCACGCGUUUUUUUUUUUUUAAAGAUUGAAAGGAAUUUUUCGAAUUCGUGCGACAACGUGGAUGACAUAAAACUUUGUAUUUAUCGCAACAGCGAAAAAAUGUUCGCUUUGCCGAUCAAAGGGAGAAACUGGCACACGAAUGUACACACGGGCACGAAACACGUUUAUAUGCAAUUACAAAACGUGAAUGAUUGUGAUACUUGUGCACAAAUAAAAGUGCAGUUUGUCAGAAUCGUAGAUUUAAGGAAAUAAAGUAUGGGACUUUUUCUAUGCCAGCUAGUAAGAGAUCGAGUUUGUAUGAUUUUUCAAUCAAAGAAUGAUGGUAAAUGAUGAUAGGGAAUAGAAUCUUUUCUCGCGUGUUGUAAGAACACGAAACGCAUGCAUCGCGAUUAAACACAAUUCCAAUGUUAGGGAAAUCAUGGUUGGUUGGCAUAUCAAGCGCACGCUGUCUAUAGAAAAGGUAAUGUUAAACGGCCGUGUAAUUUUUUUAUCUCUUAUUACAGGUCACCUUGAAAUUGCGGACUUUUUUUUAAAUACCACACGCGCACAUUGUAUAAACGGAUAGCAAAACGCAGACUCUUGGAUUGAAAGACCGAGACCUUGUAUCUAAUUGUAAAUUGAUCGACGGCUCGCUUUCUUUCUAAUUGUACAUACGUUAGCAAUUUCAAGGUAAGCGUUUAACGAGAACGAAAUAAAAACUGAACCCGCGCGGAGAUUUUUCAUUUACAUAAAAGAAACUGUAAGUUUAAAUCAAGUCUGACGACGAACAAUAUUUCGUUCAGACCUUUUGCACAUCCAUUGUUAUUCACCUAGUAGAUUUUCAGACACAGACCUCUUUAGCAUCCCGGGACGUUGAUCGCCAAUAUUUACGAUUAAUCGAAGUAAUAAGCAUUAAGGAAACAAUGAUAAUGACGAUAGUAUUAAAUUUAUACAUAAUUAUUGGACGUGUCAGCUCCCAAGCACUUUCGAUGCUGAUCUUCUAUUUUCGAGUUUUACACUGUGUUCAUCGUCACUGAUUGGUGCCUAAAAUCGUUACGUUUGUCAGUGUACAAUGAUAACGAAAAAUCGCAUGUUUGAAAAUAGAAGAGGCAAGGUGCAACGUUGGUAUUUGAUACAUACGUUGCGAGGGAUGUGACACUUUCGUUUGACAUAAUUAUAUAAACUACACGUAUGUAAGUAACUUUUAGAGUAUUUGAGUAAAAAAAGCAUACAUAGUUGA